UCUCCGCUUCGUCGAGCCAAACUACAAACUAUAAUACACUUGUAUCUACGAUACAGUUUAUGUAAUUUGUCAGACCUUUAACAACUGAGAAGUCUAACAGUGCGGAUCAUUAAUUUAACAUCAUUAGCUCAUGUGAAUGUUGAACGCAUGAUCAGUUGUGUGGAACAGAGACCGGAAGAAGAGUUCCACACCAACACCAGAUCAAAAGUGAAAGGAAAAAAAGCAGCAGCAGUUCUCGUGUUUUUUUCUGACCAAAUCGCCGGAUUUCAUAUAAAACAUGUGAUCUAUUAAGGUUUUGUGGUUUUGUUUGUUUUCUAAGAAGCCUUAUGUUGGUUCUGUGACCUACACCGAGUUCUGUUCUUCCGCGAUUCACGAAUUUCCUCUUUUUCAUUAUUGAAUAAUGGACAUCAUCAACGUGUUGUGUGCAGAGAUUCAGACUCCAGUGGGUUUUCUGUAUGUGAUUCUGCCUGUUAUACUGAAUCAAUCACUCAGUGUUGAUUGUGAGCAGAGCUGGUAUUUACAGGACGGGCGUCUGAUAGCAGAUCCAUCAGAUCCUCAAAGAAUGAUUGAUCCUGCGACAGCUGUAAAAUCUGAUCGUCUCUUCACUUCUUACUGUGUGAAUCUGAAUCAUCAGAUCAUCUGUGAUUCUACUACUCAUUUCAGUCGUGAGAUCAUGUUCAGAGUGAGGAAUCAAACUGCAGUGACUCCAAACUCAGAUGUUGUGAAUGAAGUGACUCCAGAUCGCCAGCACUCAGAUCACUUCUGGUGGCUUUUAGCUGUUUUCAUCAUUGUUCUUCUCAUCAUCAUCUUGAUCUGUUUGAUGAAGCGUAAAAGGAUCUUCAGAUGUUUUCAGAGGUUAAUCUGUCAGCAUGAAGAUGAUGAUUCAAAAAACAGGCAAGUGGAUGAGCACCUUUCACACAGAUCUGAUGAGAAUGAAUCUUCAUCUGCUGUAACUGAUUGUGUUCGCUCAGAAAUCCUGAAGCUGCUGUUCAAGUGGAGCUCAGAUCUGAUGCUCCUGAUUCACUGAAUCAAUCUGAAUUGGAACAGUUAAACGGCUCCUUGUCAUGAGGAUGAUCGGUUUGAAUCGACCUUUAUUCAUCAUUAUUCAUGAUGAUGAAGUGGAGGGCUGCACUGGGUUUGGGCUCCCGGGAGACCUGGGGGAACCAACCCAAACCCAAAAUCUCGCUGGAGCAGGCGGUUUUACCUUUGCUGCAGGCGGGAGUGGGCGGUCAGAAUGUUUCGCGGGAGACCCGCGGGGAACGGUGGGAUUUGGCGUGUAAAUGCUGGACCGGGAAACACUAAGCCGACUUCAAAUAACUAGCGGCUACGAAAGCUGAUGGUGUCGGCACCUCGCGUCGGCAGCGUCUGGAUAAAAAGCUGUGCUCAAACACACCGCAUGGCUGAGUAUCGCGAGAACCAAACGAGAUCUGGUGCACAAUCUAAGAUGGCGGCACCCCACUGCUAGACAAACUUUUUUUCCGUUGCAACCCGGAUCACCAUGAGGAAUGUAUCAACACGCAUCACACCAGACUUUACAGCACCAUGAACAAGGACAAACCAGAUGACAACAAAAAAGUAAAGGCAGCCUCACCCCAAACUCUAAAAGACCCCGUCCUGAUUCACUCACCAGCACAGGUACAACACCAUCCACAUCACCUAAAUCACCGUGCUGCAUGAGGGACAUGCCAGAUGAUCCCGAAAAAUCAGUUAAGGACUUCAUGAUUAAGCAACUCAAAUUACCAGCCGAAACUGUACAGAACAUCACCUUUCACCGCGUGCAUCGAUCAGAUCUCAAAACAAUAACAAUCACCCACGUCCAAUCAUCGCAAAAUGAAAAAACAUAAACAAAAUGAGCUGGUUCAGAGGCAAGGGAAGACAACUCAAAGACACAAACUACGGACUCAAGGAUCAAUACCCAAAGGACAUUCUGGAGCAUUGAAAACAUCUCUUCCCGAUCCGAAAGCAAAUGAUGAAUGAAGGAAAAAAGGCAACCAUCUCUGUGGACAAACUUUACAUAAGUGGACAGUUAUAUUGUGAUAGAGACAUUACUCCAUAACACUACAAAUUGUAAAGAGUUAAUUUUAACUCCUCUCUGAAAUUCUUCAUAGAUAUCAUUUUUUUGCAAGAAUGAGCACAGCUGAGCAGAUACAACUUUCUCUAAAAUUUUAGACAUAAAUUCAGGGGUUUAAUGUCUUGCUCAAGGGACUCACCUUAGUCGUGUAUUGAGGGUGGAGAGAGUGCUGGUUAUUCACUCCCACCACCUUCAAUCCCUGCCGGACCUGAGACUCAAACCCACAACCUUUCGGUUACAAGCCCGACUCCCUAACAUUUUUAACACCCUGACAGUGUUACUAACAAACUAAACACUAAACUUAAAAUGUAAACUAUUAACACCAGGGUGGAUGAUGAAAACACCAAUGUUGCUGUUCAAAGUUAACACUCAUGGAUUAACUGGUCAACGCAAUACCAGUGGUCAGGGGAAAAUAUUUCACCAUUAUUUCUAUAGCGGUUUUUACAAUGCAGAUUGUGUCAAAUCAGCUUUACAGUAUUAAAUAGGGAAACAGUGUGUCGAAAUCUAGGCUGCAACAAAGUCAGAUUGAGCAGAGGACUUGUUUGGUUCCCGUGGUGUUGUGCCGAUGAGUGUGUAGUUUGACGAGGUGUUCGCAGGGGAUCCGUCUCUGAUCUGAUCUGAAUAUGACACGAGCAAGAGUUAAGAGUGCUGUUUUUGUUUCGUUUCUGUUUCCGAAUAUGAAUCCGCGCUGGCUUCGGCGAAUCACUGAUACACUAAGCCGUUCAUAAAAACAGUCAUUUGAUUCGCUCCUGAAGGAUUCAGCUGUUUUAAAAGAAUCGUUUGAAUGACUCAGUGAUUCAGUCAUGAACACUUGCUGCCACCUGCUGGCGGUUUUCAGUUUCCCAACAAAUUACAUUCUUUCCCAACAUACUAAUAUAUUCAGAGUUUCGUAUUUAAAACAUUAAUCUCAUAACAUUAUUUAUGCAAGUAUAAAUACAAUCUAAAUGUAUAAAUACCACAUCUAAAUGCCACUUCAUUCAGCCUCUGUGCAGUGCGAAGAUUUUUGUUUACAUGAAGAGCUUUGUUUGCGUGAUUUCAUGGAUAACAAUAGUCAGUCACUGAUUCACAUUAACGAAGUAUUCAGAGAAAAAUCCUUUCUGUUUUCAUUUAUGAAAUUUUGAUUAAUGUUGUAGAAUUAACAGAAAUUAACAGAAUACUGCAUGGUAUCGUGAUACUUCAGCUGUUAUAGUAUCGUUAGUCAUUUUUAUGGUAUCGUGACAACACCAGUCCCUAGUACCCUUCUCUCUCCCUCCAUCGCCCUCUUUCUCCCUCCAUCUGUCUCUAUCUUUCCACAUUUUAAGUCAUGAAAUAGGCUCUUAUGUUGCACCUGGAUCUUACGCCAAAUGUAAUGGUCCUUGUAUUGUUGUUGUUGUUGUUGUUGUUGUUGUUUUUAUUGUUGUUUUUCUACAUACACACUGUCAUUUGGUUUCCUUAUGUUAGUCUGCUAACAACAUCAAAAUGUUAUUCACAUUUCACAUGUACACAUGGUCAACACUCCAUAGACACACACACACACACACACACACCUAUACACAGCACUCAUACAUUAUACAUUUAUACAAUUUACAUUUCACUUUCAUAACAUUUUCUACCUGGAAUGUUCAUGGAAUGGGUUCUCAUGCAAAGAAGGUCAAAGUUUUGAAUCAUUUAAAUAAACUACAUGCUGACAUAUGCCUUUUGCAAUAAACACAUCUAUUAGACUCAGAUCAAGAAAAAUUUUAAAUCAUCAGAGUACAAUCAUUUAUUCUCAGCUCAACACAAUACAAAACAAA